AUGAGCGCAGCAGGCUUGGUCCUCCUGGGGCUUGCUCUGAGGUUUAGGGCCACUACUGCUAAGCCAGAGGAGAGCAGCUUUUGCUCUAAGAGCCAAGUGGCUUUCAGAGACUCUUGCUAUGAAUUUGUGUCUCUGGGCCGUGCUUUCUAUGGUGCCCAGAGCUGGUGCGAGAGGCAAGGAGGCCACUUGGUCUUUAUUCGUGAUGAAGGCACCCAGCGGUUUCUGCAGAAGCACAUCUCCCAGGACAGGGAAUGGUGGAUUGGACUCACAGGGAACUCCUCUCAGAAUGGAACCACAGAAGGGCCGGGCAUCUGGCUGGACACCUCAAAUGUGAGCUACAGCCACUGGCGUGGAGGGCAGGCUGGCCCUGCUCCCAACACCUGCGGCUACAUUGGGAGAGACCCCUCCUCCGUGUGGGCGGCCUCAGACAACUGCACACAGCUGUUCGCCUUCAUCUGCGAGUUUGGUGUCGGCCAGAGUAUCGCCUGUGAGGGCCUCAAUGCCACCAUGCACUGUGGCUCCGGGGAGGUCAUCCAGAUCCAGGACGCCUUCUACGGGCGCCAGACUCCGCAUUAUUGCACCCAGGACGUGGGGCACCCCUCAGACUUGGAGGAGGAAUGCAGCUGGGUCAGCGUCAAGGACGAAGUGGCAGGCCAGUGCCAGGGGCUGCAGGCAUGCCAAGUGGCAGCAGAUGGGACCUACUUUGGAGACCUGUGCCCGACCCGGGGCAGCUACCUGUGGGUGCAGUACCAGUGCCGGGAAGGCCUACGGCUGACGGUGUCCAAUGAGAGUUUCGUCUUUGACAACGUCACCAUCUCCCUGACGUGGCUCCUCUCUCCCUACAUCGGAAACCUGUCCUGUCUCAUUAGUAUGGGAGAUGGCCACACUUUUGAUCCCUACUACCCCCCGAGUUUGUCCAGCCAUGUGACCCACCAGUUCACCGCCCCUGGGGAGUUCACCGUGUUUGCCGAGUGCACCACCAGCGAGUGGCAUGUGAUGGCUCAGAAGCAAGUGACAAUGCGGGACAAGAUGGAGAGGCUCAGUGUGACUGGGUGCUCUGGUCUGUCCACCUCACGAGCCAGCCUUCUCUGCCAGGUUGUCUUCGGGGACCCUCUGUGGAUUCAGGUGGUGCUCGAUGGAGGAACAGGGGUGACUUAUACCGUGCUGUCAGGUAACACAACUCUGGCUGAGUCCACCAUGCAGCAGGGCCCGGUCCCCUACAAUCUGACCCUGGACAGAGCAGUGCAGCAACGGAUGGGCCCAGGGAUCCACCACCUGCAGAUCCGAGCCACCAGCAGCAUCAUCAUCUCUGCUCCCUCCAGAAACAUCACAGUUCACUUCAUGGAGCCUCUGUCAGGUCUUCGGGCCUCCUGGGCUUCUGACCACUUGGAGCUUGGACAGGACCUACUGGUCAACGUCUCGGUGGCUCACGGCAUCCCAGAGGGGCUGACCUUUGAGGUGGCGGGACUCAAUGUGACCUUCUCCCAGGAGGAAGAGAGCCCCACGGGGACAUUUGGGAUUUACCAUGUGGCAGUUCCUCUUGAAGGCACCUUUCUGGUCACCGUGCUGGUGAGGAAUGCCUUCUCAAACUUGAGUUUGGAAAUUGGAAGCAUCACCGUCACAGCUCCUUCCAGUCUCCAAGAACCACCUGGAACAAAUGCUGUGGAAAAGAAUACACGUAAAGGGGAUGUGGAAGUGUACCUGGAACCUGGACGGUACGUGGAUCCUUUCACGACAGUGACUCUGGGCUGGCCGGACAGUGACAAGGAUUUAUGCUUCCAGUGGUCAUGUGGGCGCUGCUGGGCUCAGUGGAGCGACUGUGUUGAGAGGCAGCGGCUCCGCACAGACCAGAGGGAGCUGGUGGUUCCGCCAUCCUGCCUGCCACCACCUGACUCCGCAGUCACCUUGCGCCUGGCCGUCUGGAGAGGCCAGGAGCUGGAGAACCAGGAUGAGCAGUGCCUCUAUGUGUCUGCCCCCCUGCAACUCAGGCCUCGAGUCAGCUGCCAGAAGAACUGUGGGUCAGUGAAUGCCAGUGAAGACGUGAUGCUCAGGGUCACCACGGGGGACGACUCCCCAGAGGCCGUGUUCAGCUGGUAUUUAGAUGACACCCCGCUGGAGAAGGCUGAGCCCCUCCCGGCGGUCUGCAGACUCCGAGGAUUUUGGCCACGUUCUUUCAUCCUCCUUCAGAGUGACACCCCCACACUGCUGCUCAACAGCUCCUUCCUGCAGACCUGGGGCCAGGCCGUCCGAAUCCGAGUCACAGCAGUGACUGGGGACGCCUAUGGGGAGGACACCUAUGUGAUCAGCUCUCUGCCUCCCCCCGAGGUGCCCACCUGCACGAUUGCCCCAACGGAGGGCACUGUUUUGACAAGCUUUACCAUCCUCUGCAACACCUCUGCCGCCCUGGGCCCCCUGGAGUACUGCUUCUGCCUGGAAUCAGGUUCCUGUCUACACUGUGGCCCAGAGCCUGCCCUCCCGUCAGUUUACCUGCCACUUGGAAAAGAAAACAAUGACUUUGUGCUGACAGUAGUCAUUUCUGUCUCCAAUCCUGCGGGACACAGACAGCAGACCCAUGCAGCAGUUAAGGUGGGACUUGGAGACGCCCGUGUUGAGGAUGUGGCCUUCCAGGCCGCAGUGUCAGAGAACAUCACCGCCACUCUGCAAGGUGAGCACGGCCCUGAGCGGCUCUUCCAGCUGGCCAAGUCCGUGUCAUCCAUGCUGGACCAGGCGAGCCAGGGGCAGGGCUCUGAGCAGCCGCUGAGAAUGGACGUCAGACAGAAGGUCAGAGAGGGUAUCCUGGGGUCGCUGACCACGGUCACGGCCACCCUGGGGGACAUGCAGAAGGUGCAGGGGCUGGCCGAGGUGCUGAAAGAGGUAACCCACCGCAGUGAGGAGCUCACGCCCGUGGCCCAGCGAGAGGCCAGCUGGGCUUUGCAGCAUGCCAGUGAGGCCCUGUUGGCAGUGAGUGCCAAGGCCCAUCCUGACGACCAGAGGCGCCAGACGGCCACCAGAGACCUGUUUCAGGCUGUGGGCAGCGUGCUGGAAGCUUCUCUGAGGGACAGACCAGAAGAGCCAGCAGAGGCCAACGGUAGCCAGACGGCCACGGUGCCCCAGCUGCUGGGAGCUGUGGAGCGCGUGCAGGAUGCCCUCCUGCUGGGGAGACUGCCCGGGGGCCUUCCAGCCACCAUGGCCACGCCCUCCGUUUCCGUGUACACAAACAGAAUGCAGCCCCGGAGUUGGCGAGGCUCCUCUGUGCAUACUGCUGCUGCUAGCUCUGUGACCUUCACCCUGCCUGCUGCCUCCUCCCUUGGCUCCACGGGAGACGGUCAGGAGCCCGUGGACAUAAGGAUGAUGAGUUUCCCAAAGAGCCCCUUCCCAGCCCAAAGUCACUUUGAUGUCAGCGGAACUGUUUGUGGCCUCUCUCUGACCAGCACUAGUGGACAGCUCAUACCCGUGAAGAAUCUGUCAGAGAAUAUUGAGAUCCUGCUUCCUCGGCUCUCAGAAGGGCACAGCGAGCCGACCGUGUUGAACCUGACCAGUCCCGAGGCAGUGUGGGUGAAUCUGACUUCAGCGGGGGCGGCUUUGGGGAUCCAGCUGCACUGGAGACCUGACAUCCCACUCAUACUGAGCCUGGGCUAUGGCUACCACCCCAACAAGACCAGCUACGACGCCAAAACUCACCUCCCGCCAGUGGCUGCUCCAGAUGGGCUGUCCACAUGGAUCCUGAACCCAGAGGACUUGCAUUUUGGAGAAGGUGUCUACUAUCUGACUGUGAUCCCCGAGUCUGACCUGGCGCUGACCCCCGGCAGAGACCUCACAGUUGGCAUCACCACCUUCCUGUCCCACUGUGUGUUCUUGGAUGAGGUCCAGGGGACUUGGGACAACUCCGGGUGCCAGGUGGGGCCACGGACCACCCUCUUCCAGACACACUGCCUCUGCAACCACCUCACCUUCUUUGGAAGCACGUUCCUGGUGAUGCCUAAUGCUAUCGAUGUCCACCAGACCGCAGAGCUCUUUGCCACCUUUGAGGACAACCCUAUGGUCGUGACCACCGUGGGCUGCCUCUGCAUAGUCUAUGUGCUGGUGGUGAUCUGGGCAAGGAGGAAGGACGCUCAGGAUCAGGCUAAGGUGAAGGUCACAGUGUUGGAGGACAAUGAUCCUUUUGCCCAGUAUCACUACCUGGUGACAGUCUACACCGGACACCGGAGAGGGGCAGCCACUUCCUCAAAGGUGACCAUUACCCUCUAUGGCCUGGAUGGAGAGAGUGAGCCCCACCACCUGUCAGACCCCGACAUCCCUGUUUUUGAGCGAGGAGGAGUGGAUGUCUUCUUACUCUCUACCCUGUUCCCCCUGGGGGAACUGAGGAGCCUGCGGCUGUGGCAUGACAACUCAGGGGACCGGCCCUCCUGGUACGUGAGCCGGGUGCUGGUGCAUGACCUGGCGAUGGACCGGAAGUGGUAUUUCCUCUGCAACUCGUGGCUGUCCAUCGAUGUCGGAGACUGCGUCCUCGACAAGGUAUUUCCGGUGGCCACAGAGCAGGACAGGAAGCAGUUCAGCCACCUGUUUUUCAUGAAGACCUCCACGGGCUUCCAGGAUGGACACAUUUGGUAUUCCAUCUUCAGCUGCUCAGCUCGGAGCAACUUCAGCCGCGUCCAGAGGGUGUCCUGCUGCUUCUCGCUGCUCCUCUGUACCAUGCUGACCAGCAUCAUGUUCUGGGGUGUCCCCAAGGACCCAGCUGAGCAAAAGAUGGACUUGGGUAAAAUUGAAUUCACUUGGCAGGAAGUGAUGAUCGGGCUGGAGAGCUCUCUCCUCAUGUUCCCCAUCAACCUCCUGAUUGUUCAGAUCUUUCGAAACACCCGUCCUCGGGUCACUAAGGAGCAGAACACUGGGAAAUGGGACCGGGGGUCCCUCAGCCUGUCCCCCUCACCACAACCCGUGGAGGAUGGCCUACUGACGCCUGAAGCAGUGACCAAGGAUAUGUGGAGACUCGUCAGCUCCCUGUUUAAGGCUCUGAAGGUGCCAUCCCCUGCCUCCGGCUGGGACUCAGUGAACUUGAUGGACAUCAACCAACUGCUGGCCUUGGUGGAAGAUGUCGUCUGUCCGCAGAACACGGCAGGGCAGGUGUUCUGGGAGGAAGCCAAACAGAGAGAGGACCCUUUAACACUCACUGUUGGGUCUGUACAAGCGAAAGAAAAAAUGCAACGCCCAACACCCACCGAGGGCCCAAGUGACCUUGGGAAGGGCAGUGCCUACAGGCAGUGUCUCUACCUUCAGCUGGAGCACAUGGAAAAAGAGCUGCUGCUGGUGGGGCCUCUGGGCUUCCCCCAGUGCCAGAGCCAUGCCCGGGCCCUCAGGCAGCUGCACACCCUGAAGGGCUGGCUGGGGGCACAGGGGGGCACCUCGCCCCCAGCACCAACCAGCUCUCUGCGGGUGAGCAGGCCCCCUCGCGGCCUGCCGUGGUGGUGUGUCCUGGUGGGCUGGCUCCUGGUGGCGGCCACCAGCGGCGUGGCAGCCUUCUUCACCAUGCUCUACGGCCUGCACUACGGGCGAGCCAGCUCCCUCAAGUGGCUCAUCUCCAUGGCCGUCUCCUUUGUGGAGAGCGCGUUUGUCACCCAGCCCCUGAAGGUGCUGGGGUUUGCUGCUUUCUUUGCACUGGUCUUGAAGAGAGUGGAGGAUGAGGAGGAGCCUGUGGCCCCUCUCCCGGGACAUCUGUCCGUCCCAGACCCCUCUGCCUUGUUCCGAGCACGAAGAAACAGCAGAAAGGACGUCUACCAUCCACCUCUGGCUGCCGACGUUGAGAAGAUGAAAACCACCCACCUCAAGGAGCAGAAAGCAUUUGCCCUAAUCAGAGAAAUCUUGGUUUACCUGGGCUUCCUGUGGAUGCUGCUGCUGGUGGCCUAUGGGCAGAGGGACCCCAACGCCUACCACUUCAACAGACACCUUGAACACAGCUUCACUCAAGGCUUUUCAGCUGUCCUGGGCUUCCAGGAGUUCUUCACAUGGGCCAAUACCACCCUCGUGAGCAACCUGUACAGUCAUCACUCAGGCUUUAUCACUGAUGGGAACUCCAAGCUGGUUGGCAGUGCCCAGAUUCGCCAAGUGAGGGUCCGGGAAAGCUCCUGCCCUCUUGCCCCGCAGCUGCAGACUUCUCUCGAUGGGUGCCAGGCACCAUAUUCUAUGGAUGUUGAAGACUUGUCAGACUAUGGAGAAGGCUAGAAUGCCUCUGUCCUCAAUAACAGCAAUGGCUUUUCCCAGGCGUGGCAGUACCAGAGCCAGAGCCAGCGCCAAGGGUAUCCCAUCUGGGGCAAACUCACUGUGUACCGGGGAGGAGGUUAUGUGGUCCCCUUGGGGACUGAUCGCCAAAGCACGUCAAGAAUUCUCCAGUAUCUCUUUGACAACACCUGGCUGGACAGCCUGACCAGAGCUGUGUUUGUGGAGUUCACUGUCUACAAUGCCAACAUCAACCUGUUCUGCAUCAUCACUCUGAUCCUGGAGACCAGCGCCCUGGGAACCUUCUUUGCGCAUGCAGACCUGCAGAGCCUACGCCUGUACCCCUUCACCGAUGGCUGGCAUCCCUUCGUAGUGGCGGCAGAGGUCGUCUACCUCCUGUUCCUCCUCUACUACAUGACUGUGCAGGGCAAGCUCAUGAGGACGCAGAAGUGGCGCUAUUUCCGCAGCAAGUGGAACCUUCUGGAGCUGGCCAUCAUCCUGGCAAGCUGGAGCGCCCUGGCGGUGUUUGUGAAGAGGGCCAUCCUGGCGGAGCGGGACAUCCAGCGCUACCGGAAACACGGGGAGGAGGGCAUCAGUUUCAGUGAAACAGCAGCGGCUGAUGCUGCCCUUGGCUACAUCAUUGCCUUCCUGGUACUCCUGUCCACAGUGAAGCUUUGGCAUCUGCUCAGGUUGAACCAAAUGAACAUGAUCACAUCAGCCCUGCGUCGUGCCUGGGGGGACAUUUCGUGCUUUAUCAUCGUCAUCUUUAUCAUGCUCCUGGCUUACUCCAUUGCGUUGAACUUAAUAUUUGGUUGGAAGCUCCGUUCCUACAAAACCCUCUUUGAUGCAGCAGAAACGAUGAUCAGCCUUCAGUUAGGAAUCUUCAACUACGAGGAGGUCCUGGACUACAGCCCAGUGCUCGGCUCCUUCCUAAUUGGGUCCUGCAUCAUUUUCAUGACAUUUGUGGUGCUGAACCUAUUUAUCUCUGUCAUCCUGGUGGCCUUCAAUGAGGAGCAAGAACACUAUCAGCUGUCGGAGGAAGGAGAGAUCGUUGAUUUGCUGCUGAUGAAAAUACUCAGUUUCCUGGGCAUUAAAUGUAAAAGACGGGAGCUUGGAAGUAGCAGUGAGCAGCCAGCGUUGCUGUCAGAGGCCCGGCCGCCUCAACCUGCACCAGCUGUGCCCCAGGUUUAAGCUGUUCAUCCACAACGGUCAUCUGUAGAGGAGGGGAAGGCCAGAACCCCUGCCUAAACUUAUCAGUGAUGCUAUAACCUCUCCAGGUCUGUGUUUUCCUGUGUCCAUAGAAGAGUUACCAAGCCUGGCAAGUAAAAAACAUAAGAAAAAUACAUACAUGGACACAUACAUACAAUUGCCACUACCGUCACAGACUGUUUGUUCAAAUGUAUUUCCUCCUAGAAAUAAAACAAAUACUCCCUGGAAUUCGGGGGAAAAAAAAUCUCCUCUACAGACUAAUUAU